AUGACGUACCGUCGGGAUUCGGAUAUUUACAGUUCAAGUUACGGCAGUAUCACGCGGAGGAAUCAAUCGGCGCAGUUAAAUACAUUACCUCCGCUAUUGUCGCCGGAUGAAUCUCCACCGGAUCCUUCUACCUUUUGGCAAUUCAGCGGAAUCAAUCAAUCGAGACAGCAUCCGGCAGUUGCCAACCGGACGAAAUCGGUAGCUUGGUUCGUUACCAACUGCAACACUCCAAGUAAACGUGAAAUCUUCUUCCGCCAAGUGGCCAAGUACAUCCCCAUCGACAUUUUUGGUGGAUGCGGACCUCUGAAAUGCCUCCGUGGGGGCAGUAAGAAAUGCGACCAAUUAUUAGAUGAUUACAAGUUUUACAUUUCUGCGGAAAAUUCCAUCUGCCCCGAUUACAUCACCGAGAAAUUCUACCGGGCUCUCGAGAUGGGCGUCUUUCCCGUCGUUUACGGAGGUGCCGAUUACUUGGCCUACGGCCCCAUUCCUACAUCAACGCGGCCGAUUUCGAGUCUCCUCAAGCUCUGGCCGAUUACCUCCUCCUGA